UAAACUCUAUAUACAAUUUAAAAAUAUGGAUUUAUUAUAUACAGUUAAUAGAAAAAGAUUUUCAAAAGCAACUUUUAAUCAUGAGAGCUCGUAUAACCAACAUUCAUUGUGUUCAUUAUCAAGUCGCAAUAUUGCAGCAUUUACUGCAAGUACCGAAUUAGAUGAUAAUAAUAGUAAAACAUGGGGUUGUCAUAUUUAUGUUUGUGAUUUAAAUAUGCCAUGGCAUACUUAUAAAAUUUUAACAAAUAAAGACACUAUUACUGCUUUAAAAUGGGAUUUACCAGGAGAAAAGCUGGUUAUUGCUGAUUCAACUGGACUUAUACAGUUAUGGACAUUUAAAGAUAAUGUUUUAAAUGAUUGGAUCAUUAUUGGUACUCAUUAUUUUCCUGGUGAACAUCUUUUAGAAGUAGCAUGGUUUCAUAAUGGAAAAAGGACUACUUUAGUUGCUGAGAAAAAAGAUAGUACUCAAUAUAAUGAAAAAUUUUCCCAUUUACCUUAUGCACCGUCAGUUAAACAGUUUGGUGGUCGUGCAGCUCAAGGAGUUUUUACUGUAUCAAACACUGGAUUAUUAGGAGCAGUAAUGAUUACUCAAGAUAAACAAAAUCCUGUUUGUUUUGCUACCGAAAGUAUAGGAAGUAUACGUCAAAGAAUUACUGCUGUUGAUAUUAGUUAUGCAAAAAAUGGACAAUUUUUAGUUGCUGUAAGUAGUGGCAAUUUUGCACUACCAAUUAGAUGUUUUCGAGUUUCAGUCAGAAAAAUAGAUGAAAGAUGUAAUAUAACUUCCCAGGCUUUGCCUAGUUUUUUUUUACAUGAUGGUGCACCAAAAGAUGAUUCCUCUAAUACAAUUAUAACUCAUCUCAAAUUUGCUGUGUCAGAAACAGGAGAUUCCUUAAUAGUAGCUGCAAAUAAUAACGGUAGUGGAUUUAUUGAAGUAUGGGAAUUAAGUGAAAAAAUUCAACCAAUACAUAAGUUGUUCCAGUCAAAAACUUGUGAUCCAUUUAAAACAGUUGUAUGGCAACAUCAAGCAUUAUAUCGAUGUCAUUAUUCUAUAACAGCAAUUACAUCAACAAAAUUAUCUAUAGUCACACCUAUUAGUUAUAUUUUAGUUGCACUAUCAGACUCUUCUAUACGAUGUCUUAGUCAUGAUGGUUUAAAAGAAAUUACUGUUUCAUCUUUAAAUAGUAGUUGGCGUCAAGAUGAACUAAUAAAUAAAUAUUUGAAAACUUCUACAUUAAUUUCGCAUAUUGAUAUGUCAUGGUUAGGAUGUGUAUUUUUACUUGUGGAUACACAUGGAGUUUUAUAUAUCUAUAAAUUAUAUUUAGAAGGUAGUUUAUCAUUAACAUUGGGUUAUGCAUGUACUUUAUUAGAAUACUGUUUACAAACAGGAUUAGACUGGCUUGAUUUAAUUUUAUGUCUUAGAUCUUCGAUGAUUGAAGCACUAUGUGAACGUUUUGAUGCAUCUUUUAAUAGACAAUCUUUAAUAGUCCAGCAAUAUCAUUUUAUGCAGUUCUUAUGCAUUAAAAUUUCUCUUUAUAGAAUGUUAGUAAGCGGACAAAGUAAAGCUGCAGAUUUAUCUUCGCUAUUUAUGGUACAUGCUAUUGCUACAACAUUUAAAUCUUUAUUAAGACCAUCUGAUACAUUUCAUGAUAAAGUAGCUGCUGACCGUUUACCAUCAGUAAUAACAGAUAAUAUAAUUACUGACGUUGAUAAGGUAUUAUUACAUAUAGAACCAAAAGAAUUCACUGUAGAACCUAUUACUUUACAAUCUUUGCAACAACUCAUACAAUGGAUAGCUAAUCUAGCUUUAAAUUUGUUAAUUAAACUUCCUGAACAAAGAAUGCAAAUUAAAUCUAGCGGUUAUGAACUUAUAAAAGAUCAUAAAGCACUCAACAUUUUGAGGGAGCUUCUUGUGAUAAUACGUAUUUGGGGAUUACUUCGACCAUCUUGUUUACCAGUAUUUCUCAAAAGUGCAGAUAAUAUAGAUGUAUUGGGUUUACUAUUUCAGCUCCUUUCUAAAUUAGUUCAACCUAAUGGUGAACCACAAAUUGAUGAUCAACUAAUGGAUGACUGCUGUCUUAUACCAAAUCAAAUAAUGAUUCCUCAAGUUCAUCAAGCUAAUAGCAUUACUGCUAUAGCAACACCUAUUUUAUUUUAUCAAAGUUUUCCCUUACAAUUGGAAUAUGGAACUGAACCUGAUUUAACUUUUAUACCAGAGUUAAAUCCAGUUGAAGGAUGUAUGCACAAUGGUCAAAUAGUAGAUAUAGUAAGACAUGUCUAUUUAGGAAAGCAACCUUCUUUUGUAAAACAGUGUACAAGAUGUGGUGCUAAAUCGCAAAUUCAAAAUACAACUAGAACUGCUGCAAUAAGAGCAUGGGAACAACGAUGGGCAAAAGGUUGUCCAUGUGGUGGUACUUGGAGAAUUCACAAUGUUAGUCAACAGUAAAAAUACAUCAAAAUAACAUGUCUAGAUACUAAAAAUUUUGAAUUAUUCAGUCUUAAAAAAAAUUAUUACUUCAGUUUGAAAAUAUCAGCAAAUAGAUACAUUGAGUUAAUUUCACUC